AACCAUAAUAAGCAUCAGGUGGCUAAGAUUGCCACGUGUCGAGGUACGAAACAUAGUAUAAAACCCUCAGAAACCAUUCUUCCCAAAAAGGGCUAAAAUUGUCGUAGAUUUUACCCUAAUUUCAUAAAUGUUCCCCACAGAUUACGUGCAACUGCAGAUGCAGAUGGCAUCCAUGGUUAGGAUUAACCCUACUCUAAAUCGCUUUAUUCCUCCGUAGCCAUCGCUUUUGAGGAACAAGGCAUGCAAGCAAAGCGUUUCAAUAAAGGCAGCAAAUUUUUCCGAAGGGUGCUGCUGCAAUAAAGCGAUCACAUGAGAGAGAGUGUGUGUGUGUGUGUGAGAGGAGAGAGAGAGAGAGAGGUCUUUAAGGAUUUAGUUCGAAGGUAGCUGCAUAAUUGCGUUCAUCAAGACGAGCACACAAUGAUCUGUGUGUGGGCGCUUUUGUCAGUCAGUGCGUGUGCGUGUGUGACGCAGAAAUGACACAGCAGUCUAGUACCAAUAAUUUGUAGAGAGAGAGAGACAGAGAAAGGGGGGGAAAUGGACAGGGAGGAAAAGGUAAAGGAAGGGGAGAGAAAAAGAGGUGAAUUAAUGGUGGAAAAGUUGAAGCGCGGGAUUUUGGUAGGGAAAAGAGAGGGAAAAUCGACUCCACCCCCGACUUGGAAAUUCGGGUUAGUUCAAACUGAUGGUACCCUAAUUCCAGAAUCCAACUUCUCCACAAAUUUGAACACUCUCUCUGCUAGGAAAUUGGGUGCCAAUCUGUGGGAGAUGGAACCCCAACUCAAUCACAGGGUGGUUAAGAUCAACAAAAAUGGGCCUAUUUUGAGCAAUCAAAGAUUGGAAGACAAGAGUUCUGGAAUUCCUAAGGAAUUGGAUGAGGAGGCUGCACCACCUUUGAGUCCCUCAAAACAGGAGGCAAGCGGCAUUAGUUUUAGAAAGCAGCUUGCAGCUUCGCUGGCGCUGCAUUCUGCAAGAGUCGACAAGGUUGGGCAAGCUCACCGACCUCUAUCCCCUGCUAGCUGUUCUAGCUCAAUGGAGAUGGCUCCUCCGCAUAGAUCUGCAGUCAGUCCAAACAGUUCUGUAGUCUCAAAUGGCAAAUUUGGAGAGUCGAGUUACAGCCUCAAAACAUCCACGGAGUUGCUUAAGGUACUGAAUAAAAUUUGGAGUCUCGAAGAAAAGCAUGCAUUGGAUAUGUCGUUGGUAAGAGCUCUGAAAAGGGAACUGGAGCAAUCCCAGGCACGAAAUCAAGAACUGGUGCAAGAGAAGAAGAGAGAUCAGAAUGAAAUUGAUCAUUUGAUGAAGCAAAUGACAGAGUAUAAAGUUGCUCGAAAGAGGGAGCAGCAGCGUAUCAAGGAUGCAGUGAAGUUAGUCGAAGACAAGCUAGAGGACGAACUAAAAUUAAGGAGACAUUCAGAGAGUCGCCAUCACAAGCUGGCUAAGGAGCUCACGCAGAUGAAAUCCUCGUUCUCUAAUGUUUUGAGAGAGCUUGAUCGGGAGAGGAAAGCACGGAUGCUGCUAGAAGACCUCUGCGACGAGUUUGCCAAAGGGAUAAGAGACUAUGAGCGAGAAGUACGGGUCGUUAGACACAAAUCUGGUAAAGAUCAGAUCGGAAGGGAAGGAAAUGAUCGGUUGAUCCUUCAUAUUUCUGAAGCGUGGUUGGAUGAACGAGCCCAGAUGAAGCUAGCAGAUGCCAGUGAUGUUUCAUUACAGCAAUCUGCUUUGGACAAGUUAUGUCUUGAGAUUGAAUCCUUUCUUCGAGAGAAACAAUCCGAUCAUUCUGGGACUAAUGUGGACGUGUCCUCUAAGACGCCCUCCCAGAGCCGCGCACUUCCACAUUCUCUGGAGUCGUUUCACUUGAACGAGCCUGCAAGCGCUCCUUGGCGUGGGAAUGAUGAAGACGACUCUAUUGGAAUGACCAGCCAUCGUCCUCAUCUUUCUAGAGGGUAUAGUUUGAAGCAAGCAAACGAGGAGGCGGCCUCUGAUGGUCCUAACAAGGAAACGACGAGGCCAAAACCAGGCAACGAGAAGGCACGUUCACGGAGGGGAUCAUCAGAUCCGUCCUGCUCGCAGAUCCAGCUAGACGAGCAACUCCACGAGAAGCCUCACCAACAAGUGAAGGAGGGAUCAACAAAAUCAAGAAACUCGAACUCAAAUGAAGCGAGUCAUCACACAAUGCCUAGGAAAACUACUCGGGAAGGAAACUCAAGAACAACCGAUGCUGAUUUGCGCGACGCAAGAACUACAUCGCGACACCCUUCUUCUUCGACAGGACAAGGUAGCCUCGGCGUGGAGGGUUUCUUUGACCCGUCCACGUUCAUGGGCCCUGCUAGUCCGGCCAGGAAGUGGACGGCGGAGGCAUCAGCCGGAGAUCCCGACAUCUCCGAGCCGCGUGCGAGAUGGCGAGAGAGCGCGAAACCGAACACGUUGAAGGCGAAGCUGAUUGAAGCAAGGCUAGAAGGGCAGAAAUCUCGUACUUGGAAAGGUUUGUCGAAAGUCGACUAAAACUGUAACAUUUGUAGAUUUAGAUGAAGGAAAUAAGAGUGUAGGAUAAGGAGGAGCCUCCAUCUUUUUUUGCAACAUUAGUAUAUGUUUACUUUUUGUUUUUGCACUUCAUUAGAAUCUUACAGAAACCGUUUUGAUAUCAA